ACGUGCCCGGGGGGACAGGGACAGCACCGGCGGUACCGGGGCCGUGGGACCGGGAGGCUGCGGGAACCGCGCCCCGCAGGCCCGCACUCCACCCCUGAGGCUGUGAGAGGCGCGGGGCCCCCGGCACCCCGGUGCGCGCGGUCGGGGUCUCGGUUCCGGCACUCUGGAGCAGUUGACACCCCGCCGGCCCCGGCCUGGCCGUAAGCGCCAAGGCCACUGUCCCUGACCUCGAGGCGUUCCCGCCUCCCCGGGUGCGCUACAUAAACCCCGGCCCCGCUGUGCUGCUCUGCGGCGAUGGCCGGCGCGGGGGCACGAGCCCCGCUGGGUCUGCGGCGGUGGCUGUCCUCGCCUGCCCCGGCGCCUCGGGUCUGCGUGGUGGGCAGCGGCCCCGCCGGCUUCUACACAGCUCAGCACAUCCUCAAGCACCAUGGUGGGGCCCUGGUGGACAUCUAUGAGAAGCUGCCUGUUCCCUUUGGGCUGGUCCGUUUUGGAGUGGCCCCAGACCACCCUGAGGUGAAGAACGUGAUCAACACCUUCACACAGACAGCACACUCGGAGCGCUGUGCCUACUACGGAAAUGUCACCGUGGGAAGGGAUGUGACAGUGCCGGAGCUGCAGCGGGCAUACCAUGCCGUGGUGCUGAGUUAUGGUGCUGAAGACAACCGAGUCCUGGGGAUCCCAGGGGAGAACCUCCCUGGUGUUUACUCAGCCCGAGCCUUCGUGGGCUGGUACAAUGGGCUGCCCGAGAACCGCGAUCUAAAGCCUGACCUGAGCUGUGACACAGCACUGAUUCUGGGUCAUGGCAACGUGGCACUGGACAUUGCCCGGAUCCUGCUGUCCCCACUGCAGCUCCUCAGGAAGACAGACAUCACUGACAGCUCCCUGGCAGCUCUUGCUUGCAGCAAGGUGAAGCGUGUCUGGCUGGUUGGGAGGAGGGGACCUCUCCAAGUCGCUUUCACCAUCAAGGAGCUGCGGGAGAUGAUAAACCUGCCUGGUGCCAGAGCUGUCCUGGACCCUGCUGACUUCACAGGCCUCGAAAGUGCUGUCAAAGAUGCUCCCAGGCCCAGGAAGCGACUGACUGAGCUGAUGAUGAAAACAGCCCUGGAGAAGCCAGUGGAGAUGCAGGCAGGGGCAGCAGCUCCCCGGGAGUGGGGGCUGAAGUUCCAGCGCAGCCCCCUGGAAGUGCUGCCCAGUGCUGAUGGGAGCAGGGCGAGGGGUGUCCGCCUGGCCCUGACCCGCCUGGAGGGCUCGGGUGACUCUGCCAAAGCCGUUCCCACUGGAGAUGAGGAGGAGCUGGAGUGUGGGCUGGUGCUCAGCAGCAUUGGCUACCGGAGCCUGCCGCUGGACCCGGCUGUGCCCUUCGACAGCCAGCGCGGGGUCAUCCCCAACAGCUCGGGCAGAGUGGAGGGUGUCCCAGGUCUGUACUGCAGUGGGUGGGUGAAGAGAGGACCCACAGGCGUGAUCAUCACCACCAUGAACGACAGCUUUGACACUGCCCAGUCCGUGCUGGAGGAUCUCCAGGGGGGUGUGCUGGAUGCAUCCCCCUUCAGAGAAGGCUUUGGGCUCGUGGAGAGCAUCCUGCGCAGCCGAGGGGUCCGUCCUGUUUCCUUCUCGGACUGGCAGAAGAUUGAUGCUGCUGAAGUGGCGAGAGGCAAAGCUGCUGGCAAACCCCGGGAGAAGAUCGUGGACCCUGCAGAGAUGCUGCAGAUCAUCGGUCACUGAGGCAGCAGUGGUGGGAGAGUGGCACUGCUCCAGUGGUACCAUCCUGGGGCAGCACCAGUGCAUCAUGAGCAGAGCCUGGGAGCACAGGGCUUGUGUCUGGGGCUGGAGGUGGCUCUGGAGGGGUGUGUGACACUGGGGCCUCUCUGGUAACAAUGAACUCUGGGGUUCCCAAUGUGUCAAGACCUGAGGCUGCUGGUUGGCCCCACAUCCCUGCAGCCAACUGCCUUUCCUGGGGGUGAUUCUUGUCUGUCUUUGAAGCAUUAGUGAAUCAUGCAGUGCAGGUAAGGGGAGGUGUGUGUGCACCUGAGGACUCCUGGCCAGCCACUUUCCACAGUGAGUCGCAUGGAGAAACUUCCUGUGUCUUGCUGCCUCCCCUUUAAGCCAAAUGGGUUUGUUGCCUUGUCAUUCAUGCCAGAGCAGGCAUCUUUUAAUAAUGAUUGUUUUUUUAAAUAAACUCUUCCAGGGAAGCCAAAAUGAA